CGGGGGGCCGGGGCCGAGGCGGGAUUGCCGCCGCCGCCGCCGGGGCGCGUCGGUCGGGGGCCGGAAGCGCAGCGAGGGCGAGAAGCGGGAAGCGCGGCGCUCGGGCCCUCGUCCGGCCUGCGGGUCUCCGGGUGGUCGCGCGUGCCCGGAAGCGGCGAUCCCGCGGCCCAGGCCUCCGGUAAUUCUACAGUGUUGACCACUGCUUCCGAACGUAACUGAGAAGAAAAUAAGAUGGCAGCCAAUGCUUCAGGACAAGGUUUUCAAAAUAAAAAUAGAGUUGCAAUCUUAGCUGAACUGGACAAAGAGAAAAGAAAAUUACUCAUGCAGAACCAAUCGUCAACAAAUCAUCCUGGAGCGAGCAUCGUGCUCUCGAGACCCUCUCUGAACAAGGAUUUCCGGGACCAUGCCGAGCAGCAGCACAUUGCGGCCCAGCAGAAGGCCGCCUUGCAGCACGCGCAUGCACACUCAUCUGGGUACUUCAUCACGCAAGACUCCGCGUUCGGGAACCUUAUUCUUCCGGUCCUACCUCGCCUUGACCCAGAGUGACGGAAACGUUUGUCGUUUCAGACGCCAACGCUGCUAUCGUCCAGGGCUUCCAAGCUGUGACUUUCAGAAUUUUGGUGAACUUUUAUAUUUUCUGCCUUUUUAAGAGAAAGGUCCAUGCGAGCAAAGCACCAAGGAGAGGGUCACCUCGGGACGGAGCAUGGGAAGCAGUGUCCUCUAAGGAGGUGCUGGGCUACCUGGAACUCCACCGCCCUUUGGCAAUGCAGUUUGCUUUUAGCCUUCAACCGGACCUGGAACCGAAUAGUCAUAUCAGCUCGCCCUCACCCCUCAUGUGGACAACAGACUGUCGAGAAUCCUAUCCAGUACUUAACUUUAAAGAAAUGAGGGUGCUUUUAAAAACUUUUUCAAUCACUAGACUUUAAAAUUAAGCCACAUUAUGGAUUAAUGUGUAUAGUUAUUGAAUUCAUAGUCAAACAUUUCAUCUUAAAAUAUUCUUUGUGCACUCAUAAGUAGUUCCCCUAUUCUCAAUUUUAGAAGAAAACCCAAUAGAAGACUAAAUCACCAGUCACUUUUUAGACAUCUUUUGUAACUGUAUGUCACUAUUAGCUAUGUGAUAAGUGCUAUUAAAACAAUUGUAAGAAA